AUGACGACGACGCGGAACACCCGACCGCACACUCGACGAAAUGUGCGCGCGGUGGUGACGAUCGGGCGCGCGCUCGCCGUCGCGCUCGCGUGCGUGACGGUGUCGAUCGCCGCGGUGGGGACGCUCGGGGCGUACACGCACGUGGAUGACCCCAGAGUGCCGCACCCGGGAUGCAUGAGGUACAGCCAUCGCGGCGUGACGGACCGCUUCGAUAGAUGUCCCGGGAUCAUGAUGCGCGAAAACCCGCGAUACGCGAACUACGACACGCAAAUAAUGCAACCUUUUAACUUGCCCAAGUUUCAGAGUGCGCUCACGGCGUAUGUGAGCGAGCAUUACGCUGGAGACGCCGAUUAUGACGCGUGCGUCAUCACGGGCGCGGAUGACGACGGCAAUCGGAACGAGGUGUGGAAAACGUACAGCCCAGAUUACUUCGGUAGUCUUCGACUCACUUACACGUGUCCUUGGAUGACUGAAUCAGUGCUGAGACCGGCUUCCGGAUACGGUGAUCCGAGCGAUACGACUACGUUCGUGAUGGACAUGCGUUACGCGGCGUUUUUGAUGAUAAACGCGCGCGUGCAACGGGAUUUGCAAGCUUGGCUGACGAGACAUGCGAUCAGCGAUGCCGAUAUCGCCAGUGAUACUAAAGACUAUCUAUUCGAGUUUUUCCGUCUUUACUAUCGCGCGGGGGAUGUGUCGAAAUUAGGCAAGUUUUACCGCAAAGGUUUGUCGAUCAGCGCUUCGACGAAGAAAUGGAUGGAUCGAUUUGAACAACUUUCCGGUGACAAGCACCUCGAGCUCCAAAUCGACGAACAAGCCGCCUUGGACGAUUUCUUGCUUUCAAACGCCGCGACUGGGUAUGCGCCAUCGGGUUGGCCGAUCCGUGACGUGGUCAACGAUCUGGAGGGAUACAACGCAGCGCUCGAGUCGGCCUACGACGCCCAUUACUGGAAUACGGAGAGUUCUCGUGUUUCGACGUGGGCGUCUACGCACUCGUACAGCGUGACCACUCCAGAAGCAAGAUUGCAAUCCAACGACGACGUGACCAGUACGAACGCUGCAGUGAAAGAACGCUACAUUACGACGAAGGUGGACGAAUGGCAGUCUUCGCAGUGCACAAUAAACACGUACCUCUGUGAUCUUUCACUAGAUUCAGAAGCUGCGGCUGCAGAUGUUUGGUCGUUCAACCAAAAUGUCAAUAUAUCUGCCGAUGAAGUGUACCAACAACACGUUGUAGACACAAUCGAGGCCUGGAAAACGACGAAUAGUUAUUCAUUCUUGACUGAUUUGGAUGCGCAGCUCGCGCAAGACGACUUGGCGACUUUUAACUUGGAAGCAGAAGAGAGGUAUCUCGAAUAUCACAACGCAGUGCUGGCACCUAAUGCCGCCGCCGCCCUGGCUGCCGCACCGACGCCGACGCCGACGCCGACGCCAACACCGAGUCCGCCUCCGAGCCCGCCUCCGAGCCCGCCUCCGAGCCCGCCUCCGAGCCCUCCUCCGAGCCCUCCUCCGAGCCCUCCUCCGAGCCCUCCUCCGAGCCCUCCUCCGAGCCCUCCUCCGAGCCCGCCGAGCCCGCCUCCGAGCCCGCCUCCGAGCCCGCCUCCGAGCCCGCCUCCGAGCCCGCCUCCGAGCCCGCCUCCGAGCCCGCCUCCGAGCCCGCCUCCGAGCCCGCCUCCGAGCCCGCCUCCGAGCCCGCCUCCGAGCCCGCCUCCGAGCCCGCCACCACCGCCCCACUUUGCGCCAUUCGUGCCGCUCGCGAGUGUUCCGGAAUACGACGAGCACGAAUCGUUCGAAAUGGAACCUUUCGUCGUGUUUGUCGCUAACCCAUACGUCGUUCCGGUGUAUGGGCACCGUAACAAUCACACACACAUUCCCAUUCUCCCAGUUCCAUUGGCGAGUAUUGUUGAUGAUGUGGCUGACGACAUUACGAUGCCGGCGUAUCUGUCGAAGUAUCAUCGCAAUAGUCUCAGCACCUAUGGAGCUCAAUGGCAUUUCAGAUACGGCAGAAACUGCAAGGCUACGUGCGCCGGGUCUCGAACGCAACUCGACGUUCAAGGUCCUGUCGGCGCGCUCUGGAACUGCGAUUCCGAUGACUUGGUUUGCCCUCAAGACAACGAUACGAGCGAGUUGGAAGGCAUUCUUGAGGCGCUCUCAGCUUCAGAUCACAAACAUCCGAGUUGUCCGGCUGCUGAUCCAUGCAUGGUCGUUCCUCCGCCGUGCUACUACGUCAGUACGGAGUGCAUUCCACAAAGCGUAAUAGAGUACACACUGAACAACACGUCUACGCGAGAAGCCGAGGAAGGCGUAGACGAGCGUUAUCUUCACGUCCCGCUGGCAGUCGAUGAUUUGACGCAAGUCAAGCUCGUAUCACAGAGACCACCUCUUGGUAACCGCAUGAGGUGGCCGUACAGCAGAGGUAUCGCCAUGACUCCGAUAACCGGGCGCGAUGGAAAUGAUUACUAUCAUACAUGCACUUACGGCGCCACACUAAGUGGUUGGUCUGGUUCCGUCGCUUACGGGUUCGCGCUGGCGGACGCCGAAGGCAAUCACGUCUACGAUUCGGGACACAUUUUCGGUCACGAAAUGUGGCAAGCCUACUACGGAGAGACUGCGUCUCCGGCGUUCACGUCCGACUGUACGGACGUGCAGGCGGGAAAGUGGAGAAAUCGAGUGCAGUACCACACCCCGAAUCUCGCGUCGCAAAAUUUCGUCUUCGGAACGUGUGCAGGACAGUGCUCUGCGAUUCUUGGUUCGGUGCCAGAAGACCAGAUCGUUGCUCCUAUUGGUUUAAGUAAAGGGCAUCUGCGAGAUAGGCUGAUUGAAGCGAAUGAUGCAGGACUCGGCGCCGCAGAGAAAAACGUAAUCACCGCUCACGAGCUCGUGCGAAGAGCAGCGGCGGCUACCGUCGCGCUCGGCGUGAAAGAGCUCGGCGUGAAAGAUGUCGGAGUCAAAGAUGAGCACCACGAAAAAGCGCGUGGUGACGCCGUCGACGACGUACAAGGUAAACACGCUUCCCUCGGCGAUGUGCGCGAUUUUGAGCGUCCAUUUGGUUCGUUCGUCGCGUUCGCGGCUCCAUUCGCUUUCGUGUGCGUCAUCGUCUUAGCGGUGUUUAAAUCGCGCUCGAUUCUCGACUUCGCUCGUGAGCGUCGCGAGCGCCGCACGCCAGAGGGGCGCGCCGAGCGUGCAAAUCUCGUCGUGUGAACGAGUACGUUUUGUAUGCAAUCGAGCAUU